AUGCAGUACAAUAGAAGAAGGAAAUCAACAAUAUUUCUCAUAGCCACAAUUUGUGCAUUACUUUUAUUUGGCUUUAAAAUCGCACGUACUGCGGCUGAGACGGAUCCAGUUACUCCCGACCAUGAUGCAAAUUUUGAUGAUAUAGCCAAAAUAGUAACAACAACGCCAACAAUAGAUACAACGAAUGAAGGUAGCACUACUAGCACCACAAACAGCAGUAGCACGACAAAUACCAACGCAGAAGUAACGCCAACUCCAGAUCCAUUGCACAAUACAAGCAGCAGCAGUGCUGUUAACUUGGCUGAGACAACAAUUGGCGGUGUUGAUAGUUCAACGACUUCUACAACAACGGAAUCGUCUGAAUUAUUACCAACAGCAACAACAACAGCGGCAGCUCCAGCUCCAGCAGCAGCACCAGCAGAAGCAGCAAUAAACUCAACUGACAAUAGCAACAAAUUGGAUGCUGCCAAUAGUGAGGUAUUCUAUACUCUGCUUAUCUACUUUCAGGAAUCAAGCAAUUUUCUUCCAUCGUUUGAAGCAAUUUCCUUUGCAGUGAAGAGCAUCGCAUCAAAACUUAAUUGGACACAACUUGACAUUUUUGUCGGCGAUGAAAAUUGGGGCUUACCCUUGGCCAUAGCUGCCAACCUACACAUACCACACAAAAUUCAAAUUGGCGGAGACGUACGUGACUUGCAUGCAGAUGACAAAAUCGGCAAAGCUAUUAUUAUUACGGCUGACAUGAAUGACGAUAGCACCUUGCAGCUACUGAGUAAACUGGAGUCUUUACAGCAUACAAAGGUGCUACUCAUCGAUGUCGUUGCCACUUCAUUUAAUGCCGAAAAUCGUUUCUAUAAGAAUUUGGCGCAUAUUAAAGCCAAUUCAGCUCUGAUGUCAAAUCUGUUACUGCUCACAAUUUUAAGCGAUAAAUAUCGUCACUUCCUCAAUGUGGCAUUUGAAGAUAAUGGCAUUGAAAUGGUGCAGAACUUCCGGCAGCUACGACUCUGGAAGGCGCUAAGUUCCGCCGCCAACGGAAGUAGUGAGAGUAAUGAAACGUAUCAAGAAUACCACACAAAUGCCAAUUGGCCCAUGCAUUUGGAUAGCUCAAUGACUAGGAUUUUGCAACAGUCCCACCACGGUUCUAAUAGUGCAACAUUGACGAUGGCACGUUUAUCUCAGUUACAUGAAUGUCCUCUUGCGAAUAUGCAUCCAACAAAUUUUGUAAAUAUUUGUCAAAAUUACGAGAGCAUUGCACAAAAAUGUGCUGCAUAUGCGCUUACCAAGAAUCUUAGCGCAAAUAGCUUCGCUACAACGGAAACGGAACAGGAAAUUGCCAGCGAAUUACGUAACAUUUUGGAGGAUAUUUGUCACUUGCACAAACCAACUCAGGCGUAUGACAAACAUCAGAAGCAACAAAUCGCAAUUUUACGCAACUUUAUAGACUUUUUCAAUUUUUACGAUUUUAUAAUUGCCAAUGUGUUACGUGCCACAAAUACAAGUCAGCGCGCCAGCAGCUCUGCACCACCGAAUGUCAGUUUGCAUUUGCCAAAAUAUGAUUUUAUUGUAUUGGAUGUGGUACGUGGUGGAAAUGAUAAUGGCGGUAUUGUAGAAAUUGAUGCGGUUACUGAAAUAUUGGAUGCUAUAAUGCAUAGUCAUGUGGAAAACUCGAAGCGGCAGCACAACAUACCCAACAACAGUAACAACGGUAGGAACGGUAAGGACGGUAACAAUGGCAACAAGUACCAUAAUGACACCAUCAAGUGGCGACCUCUGCUUAUAUUGGAACAGCAUGAAAUCAACUUAAACACUUACAUCACUCACUCCAUAUUGCCCGGCUACGACGACUGGCUACAAUUAAGCACCGCACAAUUGUGGCAGUGCGGUGCGAUCUGUUGGACUGUUGUUGCCAUUUGCGUGGGUAUUCUGCUCAUAAUUGUGGCAGCGAGCGUAGCUGCCGGCAUCGCAAUGAGAAAUUAUUUUCUACGGAAACGUUUAUCAAAGGGACCUAAUAAAAUUGUGCUAUCGCCCAGUGACUUUGUAUUUCCUGUGGACUCACGCAGGGUUGAUGAAGGUAUUGAAGCUAUGCUUUGUUGUUGGCUACAACAACUACAAGAAUUUGGAGGGCCUGAAGUUGAUAAACCAGACUUACUGAAAGGUUCAAUAGGUUCUUUAAAAAAUUUGGGUUUAAUAAUACCAGGCGCAGGAGGCACAACUACCACUGCUACAGCUACAGUAAAUGGUAAGAGUGCUACAGGUGCAGGAAGCUUAGCUAGACAUAAUCCCGCAUUGUUGGAUAUGCGCGCACGUUAUAAUGGUGAUUUGGUGCAAUUAAAGGAAAUACCAUUGAGUGGCUCCACAGAGCUAAAAUCGAAAGCCAUGGACUUACUUGUAAUGGCACAUGGACUACGACACGAAAACAUAAAUCCUCUAAUUGGUUGGCUUUCAGAUCCCAGUCGCACGGCAAUGGUGUUUGAUUACUGCUCGCGCGGUUCACUGCAAGAUGUGCUCAUCAUGGAUGAAAUUAAAUUAGAUUGGUCUUUUCGUUUGAGUCUACUGACUGACCUUGUACGCGGUAUGCGUUAUUUACACACCUCACCGCAGCGUGUGCAUGGUGCGCUCACAUCACGUAAUUGUGUCGUAGAUGCACGUUGGGUGCUUAAAAUAACCGACUAUGGAUUGUCGACUUUUUAUGAGGCUCAGGGCUUAACACCUCAACCGCGUACAGCAAAGGAACUGUUAUGGACAGCGCCUGAAUUGCUGCGCCAAAUGAAAUCACAUCAUCACCAUCAUAGCCGCGUAUCCGGCACACAAAUGGGUGACGUUUACUCGUUCGGCAUCAUUAUGCAAGAGGUUGUUGUACGCGGUGAACCGUAUUGCAUGCUAUCAUUAUCCGCCGAAGAGAUAAUAACAAAAAUUAAAAAACCGCCACCGCUUAUACGACCAUCCGUCUCAAAGGGCGCUGCACCGCCAGAGGCUAUUAACAUUAUGCGUCAAUGUUGGGCUGAACAACCAGAGAUGCGUCCGGACUUUAAUUCAGUUUAUGAGCGCUUUAAAAUGUUAAAUCAUGGACGAAAAGUGAAUUUUGUUGAUACAAUGUUUCAAAUGCUUGAGAAAUAUUCAAACAAUUUGGAAGAACUGAUAAGAGAGCGCACAGAGCAAUUGGAUAUCGAAAGGAAAAAGACUGAACAGCUGUUGAACAGAAUGUUACCGAGUUCCGUAGCAGAAAAGCUGAAAAUGGGACUAGCUGUGGAUCCGGAAGAAUUUUCUGAUGUAACAAUUUAUUUCAGUGAUAUCGUUGGUUUUACAACGAUUGCCGCACACUGCAGUCCCGUACAGGUUGUGGAUUUAUUAAAUGAUCUUUAUACGAUAUUCGAUGCAACAAUCAAUGCUUAUAAUGUUUAUAAGGUCGAAACAAUUGGGGAUGCAUAUAUGGUUGUAAGUGGCUUACCAGUUAAAAUACCCGAUCACGCCGAGCAAAUAGCAACGAUGGCUUUGGAUUUACUACAUCAAAGCGGUCGCUUUAAUGUAAAACACUUACCUGGUGUACCACUGCAACUACGCAUCGGCCUACAUACGGGCCCUUGCUGUGCAGGCGUUGUAGGUCUUACAAUGCCUAGGUAUUGCUUGUUCGGAGACACUGUUAAUACUGCAUCAAGAAUGGAGUCUACAGGCUCCUCUUGGCGCAUUCAUAUGUCUCAGGAAACGCGUGAUCGUCUCGAGGCACGUGGUGGUUAUGUUAUAGAACAACGUGGACUUAUCGAAAUUAAAGGCAAAGGUAUGAUGAACACAUUUUGGCUUCUAGGCAAGAAAGGUUUCGAUAAACCGUUACCCGCACCACCUCCAAUAGGCGAGUCACAUGGUUUGGAUGAAUCACUAAUACGCAAUUCGAUUAGACUUAAAGCACAAGCGAAUAAAUCACGAAACAGUACAAAUCCUUCUUCUAGCCAGUCAUCAUCACUAGCUGGAGAAUCUGUGGAGGUUAAAGUGGAAAUAACUCCACCAGCCAAUGUUGACAUCUGCUCAUCGAAUUUACCAAAUUCAUACUCUCUUGAUUCCACAUCUACUAACACAAUAAGUCCGAAUAUGACGCUAUGUCCGGAAUUUCCCAUGAAAACUCCAAGUGCUAGUCCACAAUCUCGUAAAUUAUCUGAACUAACACCUGAUAGUUUAUUGAAUCCAAAUAGCUUUAAUCGUUUACCUACCUCUGCUGGUGGUUCUUCAUCACGACUUUACAAAAAAAUUGAAGAAAUGAUGGAUUUGAGUUCACCAUAUAAUCACUACAAAUGUCUUAGUCCCAGCGAAAGUAAUCUUACACAAUUCUAUGAUGGAAAAUAUCUUUAUAGUGCGGGUGGUAGCAGUUCAGGUGGUGCCAGUACACAUAGCAGUACUGCAAAAUUUGACAGUAAGCCCGGUUCGAGCCGUUUACUGCGACGUCAAUUCAGCUUAGAUCGUGAUGAUACCCAAACAAAGUCAGAACAAUAUUCUCAAACUCAUCAAAACUCAUUGCAGGCAACACAUAUGAUUUCUAUAACAAAUAAAUCAGGUAUGUUAGACAUACCAAUACUACAUGAUACUGCGCGAAGUCCAAAGAAUACACAAACCCGUACACAUAAACAAAACUCAACAUCAAUCGCACAAGAUUUAGAGAAAAUCGAAGAAAUACCAUUAUCACCUGCUUCAUCACAGCAUCACAGCAGUUUGGAUAGUAAUCUCAAUCGUAGCCCACCUUCAACAGUGGAAGCACAAUCGCCACCACCUACUACUCAUAGUAUGCUCAUAACUUCACCACCAUUAUUAUCUGCGCCUACCUCGCCUGCGCCUUCGCGUUCACUGAAUGGUUUAGGAUUUACUGGUAGUACAACUACUGAUGCUUCCACAACUACUACCACCGGUUCUGCUACUUCCAAUAACACGACUUCCAUUGAUGAAAAUAAUAUGAAAAACACAGAGCUCACUUUGAAUGCAGAGGUUCUGCUGAGUAGAUAGGGCACAGUUUAAGGGGGUGUUGCGGUAGCUCAUAAAGAUAAAAUAAGAAAGCCAAAUUUAGAGAUAUGCAAAGGGGGUGUUUACAAAUUCAACAGAUAAUAAUACACAGGAUGACUAAGUAAAUACAAAAAGAACUUAAUAAGUGCUUAAUUAAACUUUUUAAAAGAGAAUGAAAGAUUAUCAAUUAAAACGGCAGUUGCUUUAUAAUUUAUAAGGUGACCUCACAGUUCAAAUAAUUUUAUUUAGCUAACUUUGGGAGAAGCAAGAAUAUUAAAAUCAAGUUAUUCAGAAAAAGCAGGGAAAUAUUUUCCAAGUAAGAUAUAAGAAGUUGGUUAGAAAAUUGGACAGUCCUGGGUAUCAAGAGAAUUUGCUUGACAAAAGAAAUGCAUUAUAUCUAAUAAGCAGUAAAGUAAAGUCGUUAAAAGUGAUUUCGAAAUAAAAAGU